CUGCGCUGUAGUGUUGGCCAGGUGUGUGGGGCUGUCCCAGGGUCUCAAGGGCCCAGUGGCGGCGGCCCCGGGGAGGGGCGCGGUCCACAGCGGCCUUCCGCGGCCUUCGGACCGGGGCUGGCCGCUGCACACCGCGAGCGGCGCGGGCCACCGGCGCGGGCUAACGGGAACCUCGGGGCCCGCACUCAGUGGAGCCGACUCGGCGCUGGAGGGAUCGGCGGGAAAUGGCGGACGAGGCGUUGUUUUUGCUUCUCCAUAACGAGAUGGUGUCCGGAGUAUACAAGUCCGCCGAGCAGGGGGAAGUGGAAAAUGGACGGUGUAUUACUAAGCUGGAGAACAUGGGGUUUCGAGUGGGACAAGGACUGAUAGAAAGGUUUACGAAAGAUACUGCAAGGUUCAAGGAUGAAUUAGACAUCAUGAAGUUCAUAUGUAAAGAUUUUUGGACUACAGUAUUCAAGAAACAAAUUGACAAUCUGAGGACAAAUCAUCAGGGCAUAUAUGUACUUCAGGACAACAAAUUUCGACUACUUAUUCAGCUGUCUGCAGGAAAACAGUAUUUAGAACAUGCAUCCAAGUAUCUAGCAUUUACGUGUGGCUUAAUCAGAGGUGGCUUGUCAAACCUGGGAAUAAAAAGUAUUGUAACAGCUGAAGUCUCUUCAAUGCCUGCCUGCAAAUUUCAGGUGAUGAUACAGAAGCUGUAGAAAGAGGCGGCAACUCCUGGGCGGAGCACUGCACAUCCUGAUUUCACCUCCUCGUUGGCUAUCUGCGUUGGAGCAAACUGUUGUCACCAGAGUCACAUAGACCAAAUCAAAGUAGAUACAGGUCCUUUGACUGACAGAAACUAAGUGAACUGUUCAGAGCGAUUUCUGAGAACUAGACACCAAGAUGCAAGGCUCUUCAUUUUAAGCAUCUUCAUUUCCAUAGGGUGAUAAGCAUUUAACCAUCAAUUGGGAAGUGAAACUAGGGGUGUGUUGAAUUGCUGUAUAAAAAAAAUGCACCAAUCAGAAUAGUUUGUGUUCAAAUGACCAAAAUUUGAAGUAUAAAUCUUUUAUUUAAGAAAACAAACCACUAUGUUAAAUUAAGCUUAAUUUUUAUUGUAUUGCUUAUAAUUUAUUUCUCUCAAUUCAUAUACUUAUGUAAGGAUCUCAUUUAUACAUUGUGUAUAUAUGUGUAUAUAUAAAUAUAUGCAUUACUGUCUAAA